AUGUCAAGCCCGAUCAACAGCCAAAGCAACAACAUUCUCAAGUCGAGAAGAACAUCUUCAACAGUAUCAAACGAAAGUACUCUCAGCAACCACGAAAUCGAAUACCUGGCCCUUCGAGAUGAAAACUUGUGCUACGAAGACGAUGCUGAUUUCCAUGUCUUCAUCGAUGCCAUGGACCGAGUCGACGAGCUCGUCACAGAAAUGACAGCUCAGGGGGGACGAAGACAUUCAAUGAGUCGCGUAUUCAGUGGAUUCAAACUACGACGAGGAAGCCAGAUCCAGGAUCGACAGCAAGGCUAG